CUAUUAGUCUCGCACGUCUAACAACAAAAUAUAAAUCUCGUGACAAUAAUGUGAUACAAAAUUACGAAAUUAUUUAUUUUAUAGUACAAUUGUAGGCUAUGUAAAUAAUAAACAUGAAUGGAACACGUCUUGGUUUAACUCGAGAAGAAAUUAUAAAAAUUAGUGAGACAAUUAGAGAAAAUAAUUUAAACAAACAGGAAUUGAUCUUUAAAAUUGUAAUUAUCGGAGAUUAUGGAGUAGGAAAAACAUCUAUAAUUGGUAGAUUUACAGAAGGGCAAUUUUCUACACAAUAUAAAAUAACGAUAGGUGCAGAUUUUGCCGUCAAAACUUUAGAAUGGGAUGAAGAUACUCGAAUUAGUUUACAUUUAUGGGAUAUUGCUGGUAACGAACGAUUUGGCAGUCUACUAAGCGUUUUUUACAGGCAUGCUGUUGCAGCAGCUAUAGUAUUUGAUUUAACAAGACCAGAGACAUUUAAUUCAGUUAGUAAAUGGCUCACAAAUUUAAGAAAAAAACUAUAUCUACCUGGAGGAAGAACAAUACCCAUAGUGAUUUUAGCAAAUAAAGGUGAUAUAGUAACUACAACACUGCCACCACAAAUUGACGAAUAUUGUAGAAAUAACGAUAUUCUAGCUUGGUACGUCACAUCUGCCAAGAAAAAUAUUAAUAUUGAUGAGGCCAUGGUGAAACUUGCAAAUGCUGCUUUGAACAAUCAUUUUGAUUUGAAACUUUCACUAGCAACUGAUGAAGAUAUUAUCAAUCUCACACAAAAUAAUCAACAAGAUCAAAAAAGAUGCUGCUGAGAUGAAGUAGUUUGGUAGUUCAUAAUAGAAUCUCUGGAUAAUGGAUAAUGAUAACUAGGAGGAGAAUUUAGAUGCAAAGAUAUAGAUAAUUAUUAUUUUCUUGUCUACUAUAUGAUAAAUAAAUUAUUAGUAGUAUUAAAUUAAGGUAUAUCAGUAUUUGCAAUUUUAUUUAAGUAAUUUGCAACAAAUUUAUUUCUAAUAAAUAUUCUAUAUCAACAAAAGUAAAAAAGUCUAUAUAUUACAAAAUGCAUAAAAUUCGCCCCCUAGUGGUAAUAAGUAAA